AUGUCUCAAUUUACCCGCUGUUCCACUUCCAAGUACAAGUUCGGUGCUCACAUAUCCACUGCAGGAGGGGUGUCAAAUAGCGUCUCCAACGCCUUCAACAUCGGCUGCAACGCAUUUGCCAUGUUCUUGAAAUCCCCUCGCAGAUGGGUUUCGCCGGCCUACUCCCAGGAAGAGAUUGACAAGUUCAAAGCUAAAUGUAAAGAGCUCGGAUAUGACCCCAUUACCGACGUGCUACCCCAUGGGCAGUAUUUCAUCAACCUCGCGAAUCCAGAUCCAGAAAAGGCCCAGAAAAGUUACGACAGUUUUCUAGACGACUUACAGCGAUGCGAACAAUUGGGUAUUGGGCUUUACAAUUUCCAUCCUGGUUCGACACUCAAAGGUGAUCACGACGAACAGUUGAAGCAACUUGCAUUCUACAUCGACAAGGCCCAUUCUGAAACGAAAUUCGUCAAGAUUGUGCUCGAAAACAUGGCUGGAACCGGCAACUUAGUAGGCAGCAAUCUCACUGAUUUGCAAAAAGUUAUUGAUAUGGUCAAGGAUAAAUCUCGUGUUGGUGUUUGCGUUGACACUUGUCACACCUUCGCUGCGGGCUACGACAUCAGCACUGAAGAUGCCUUUCAUAAAUUUUGGCAAGAAUUUGAUCAAAUUGUCGGUUUCAAAUAUCUAUCCGCUAUCCAUCUCAACGACUCGAAGGCGCCGCUCGGUGCUAAUAGGGAUCUGCACGAGAAACUCGGCGAAGGAUUUCUCGGGCUUGAAGUGUUCAAGCUCAUCGCGCACGCAGACUUCCUGCAGGGUAUCCCCAUAAUUCUCGAAACACCUCAACCACAAGACGAAGGCUACGGAAAGGAAAUUAAGUUGCUCGAAUGGCUUGAAAACUUCAACGAAGAUGCAGAUGCCAAAGAGUUUGUCUCGAAAUCCGACGAAUUGCAAGCACUCGGAGCCACAUCCAGGAAAGAGCAAGCAGCAAAGUUUGACAAAAAGAAAACCACCACCAAGAGGAAAGCUAAAGGUGUCGAUAUAGUCAAUCAAUUGGGUAACAAGAGGGCGAAGAAGGAAUCUAACUAA